GAGAGAGAGAGAGAGAGAGAGAGCGAGAGAGAGAGAAAGAUCAAAGAAAAGAGGAUAUUUUAAAAUUCAUUUCUCUAAAUCUCAAUUCUUAGAUCCGUGUUACUCAUAAUAAUCAGUGAUCUGAUCGGAAAUAUUAUUAUUAUCAUCUCUCAUUUUGGUUUCUUGAAAGUCGUGUUAAAUUACGACGAGACGACGACGACGAGGAGAAGGAGAAAUAGUAGCCCAGUCUAAGCGCGUGUUACAAUACUGAGUCGAGUUUAACGUGGAAAGCAUGGUGGAUCAACAGGAGGAGACACAGAAGAUAGUGGAUCUUAACGUGGGUGGUGUCAGUUAUACGACCACCCUGGAGACCCUAACAAAAGAUAGUACUAGCCGUUUGGGUUUACUAUUUAUUCAAAAUUCUCCUAUUCCAAAGGAUUCAUCUGGUAAAUAUUUUUUCGAUCGCGACGGUAAUCUAUUUCGUUAUAUCCUCGAUUAUCUUCGCGAUGAGAUUAUCGUAUUACCGGAAGGAUUGAAAGAAUGUGAGAGAUUGAGAAAUGAAGCGGAUUAUUAUGGUUUAGCUAAUUUGAUACAGAUCAUUGAUGAAAAGAUCGAAGACGUUGCAGGAUCAUCGACCUGCAGGAAACGAACACCUGGAUGCAUAACUAUUGGCUAUCGAGGAAGUUUUGCAUUUGGUCGGGAAGGUCUAACCGAAGUUAACUUCCGUAAAAUAUCAAGGAUUCUCGUGUGCGGUCGCGUGGCAUUAUGCAGAGAUGUCUUCGGGGAGACAUUGAAUGAAAGCCGUGAUCCUAAUCAUGGUUUGUCGGAUCGCUAUACUUCCAGAUUUUUCUUGAAGCAUAAUUUUAUCGAACAGGCCUUUGACAUGCUUCAAGAGCAAGGCUUUAAGUUAGCUGGUAGCUGCGGUUCUAGCACGGCUGGUGGCAAUUUUGAAUUGUACAAAGCAGGGGUUGAUUUUGAGGAGACACGUUGGAAUCAUUACAACGAAUUCGUCUUCAUACGCGAUUAAAUAAAUCGCGAUUAAUUUAUGAUGCUCGCAGGGUAACAGUACUCGAUCGAAUUUUUCAACUUCAUUCGAUUACGAUGAGGAAAUAAAGUAAGAAAUAAAGAAUGAAAGAAAAUAAGGAAGGAAGGAAGGAAGGAUGGAAUGCCGAUGUUACUUUUCGAAAGAACGAUGACGUCGUGUCAGCCAACCUCUGGGACGUUCAACCUCGAUCAAACGACGUGAUAAUAUCGAUUCUUAUUCUUCAUCUUAUUCUUAUUCCUCUACUUCUACAUCUUCUACUUCUACUUCUACUUCUUCUUCUUCUUUUUCUUCUCGCGAAGACUUCCUCCAUAAACUUCUUCAUCAUUGACGAUCGUUCAUUGAAGGAGAUUUUUCCAGGCUGCACAGAAUAGAAAGUAUGCACACUCCUGGGACGGAUAUAGUUACUGAUUGAUGAACUCCAAGAUGGAUGGAUUCUUGCCGAGAAGAUCGUACGGAACUACCGGUAGAGAUUAUUUUGUCCUAAGUACAUACACAGUAAUUACCAGAGAGUACAAGAGAUUAAAUAUAUAAUAAUAACAAAAAAGAAAAGAAAAGAAAAGAAAAACCAAAAAAAUUAAAAAAAAAAAAA